CUGAUCUGAUCUGUCUCAUAGUCGUUGUUUUUCCUCUAUUCCGUGGGGCUGGUAAUUGAGAGGCUGACGUGUCUGUACAGUGAUUAGCGAUCAUCAAGGUCAUUGUAUAUAUUGCACAAACACAACAAAUUGGCGACGGGUUUUGAAGUGGAUCCAACCUACGCAGUCAUUGGUCAUUAAUUCUGCUACAAUUUAUUAGCCAAUCAGCACUAAGGAUCGCAUUCAGUGUCAUAAAGCGGAUUUAAAAAAAAAAAAAAUCAAUAUGACUAUCACAUUUGAGCAAAUGAAAUUAUGUCUACAGCAGCAACAACAGCAAUUCCUAGCCUCUCAAGAACAAAUGCUGGAGUCAUUAAUGUCAAAAAUUGCUAUCCAGUCCAGAGUAACUCCUGAAGAAAAAGGAAUAGAGUUAUCACUCAGUUCAGUUCCAGAAUUUAUUUUUGAUGCAGAGAAUGGCCAUACAUUUGAAUCAUGGUUCGGUAGAAUAGAAGAUCUUUUUCAAGUGGAAUAUAAACAUAUAGAUGACGCGAAGAAGGUGCGUUUAUUAACACAAAAACUUGGUCAGCAUGAAUAUUCUAAAUACAAGAAUUAUAUCCUCCCACGACAUCCAAGAGAUCUGACAUUUAAUGAAACUAUUGACAUUUUAAAUGCAAUAUUCUGUGAACCAGCAUCUUUAUUUCAUAUUCGUUAUAAAUGCCUUCAAUUGACGAAAGAUGCAGAUGAGGAUUAUUUGUCUUAUGCAAGCAGAAUUAAUCUACAAGCCGAACGUUUUAAAUUAAACGCAUUGUCAAAUGAUCAGUUUAAAUGUUUACUAUUUGUUUCUGGACUCCAGUCACCAGCAGAUGCUGAUGUUCGAACAAGAUUGCUAUCACGCAUUGAGCAAAACGAUGACAUGACACUACAGAUGGUAACGUCAGAAUGUCAACGACUGGUCAACCUCAAAAAUGAUACGAAGCUUGUAGAGACCAAAGGUAAUGCUUCACUAAAUUGCAAUAUCCAUGCUGUCAAAUCCAACAAAAGUAAGAGUGUUCCAAUGAAUGAUCAACGUCAAACUAAAUUAUUCAAACCGUCAUCGAAGUGCUGGUUUUGUGGAUCUUGGCAUUUCGCGAGAUUUUGCCAUUAUAAACGUCAUAAGUGCAACAUUUGCUAUAAAGUUGGUCAUAAAGAAACAGUCUGCCGACAACAGAAUUAUUUGAAAUCUGGACGACGCAUAAAGUUUCCCCGGAAUCAUAAGAGUUCCAUACGUAGUAUAUAUUCGACAUUCACGUGUAAUCUUGCUGACAAAAGAAGAUAUGUAGAUCUAUUGGUUAAUGAUGUUCAGAUUCGUUUGCAAGUGGAUACAGCAUCUGAUAUCACACUUAUUUCUAAGAAAACUUGGGAAUUGAUGGGUUGCCCCCCAUUACUGCCUACUGAACAUACAGCGCGUAAUGCAUCUGGAGAUAUUCUAAAACUCGUUGGGAUGAUAAAUUGUGCUGUUAGAUUCGGAGUACAUUCUUUUACUGGAACUUGUUAUUUAACAAACAGACAUGAUUUAGAUCUUAUUGGUAUUGAUUGGAUUGACAAAUUAAAUCUUUGGAAGGUGCCACUAGACGCAGUGUGUACACUGAAAGAUCCACAUAUUCCUAAAAAUCUACCUGUAUUAAAUGUUACAUCAAACAACAACGUCUUGACUACAGCUCAUCUUUUUGAAAAGCAUUCGAAUGUAUUUCAAGAUACUUUGGGAUGUUGCAAUAUUGGUAAAGCCAAAUUAUAUUCACGUCAAGGAGCUACACCAGUUUUUCGUCCAAAACGGCAGGUACCCUACGCCUCUAUCGAACGUAAUUCCAGAAUGGAAAUACAAUACAACAAGAAGCAUGGAGCGAAGCCCAGAAGAUUCUUACCCGGACAAAAGGUUUGGGUACGUGAUUUUCAUCGUAAAACAAUGGAGUGGGUUCCUGGAAUUAUUCUAAGGAACAGAGGAAGAGUUAUCUAUGAGGUCGGAGUAAGCAAUAUGAAAUGGCUAAGACAUGCUAACCACAUCCGACCGUCCAGAUGCGAUGACGGGAAUGAAGUUAAGCUGAGUACUCCGAUGACGUUAAACAUGUUACUUGAUUUGACUGACAGAAGCAAUCAGAAAACGAAAGCAGUGGAGACAAGAACAGCAUCAUUUCUAAGGAAAUCACAAAGAAUUCGACGGAAACCAAACAGGAUCAAAGUGAACCCCUAUGAUAAAUCUUACCGAUGAUAUUUAUUUUUCUUUUCAAAAAAAAAAGGGGGAGGUGUUAUGGCGGGCACUUAAAGAAGAUUAACUAUCUCCUAAAACUGUUUUUUCUGCUUAAGAUUCAUUAUUUUUGGUUGUAUACAAAGUAAGCAUUUUAUUCUUAUUAUUGUGACGUUGCUCUUAUCCUAUACUCUUGUUUGAGGCAUUAACUGUUGUUAUAUCAUUUCUCAUUUAUGAACUAUAGUUAAUUGACUGCCAUGCGUUACCCCAGUUCACACUCACUAUUACUGUUAUUUUGUAUUGAUGUCAGUUUUCUAAUUGGUUUAUGAUGCAGUCUGGUUUUGCAUGUAUAUAAAGGCAUGAUUGAAAUAAUAAACGAUCUGAUCUGAUCUGAUCUGAUCUGUCUCAUAGUCGUUGUUUUUC